AUGGGUUGCGUUGGAUAAAAACAGAAUUAAAAUCAAUAGAGAAAUAAAUUUCAAUUACAUAGACAAUCAUUAGUGAUAUUAAAUUCACAUAGAAAAUUAUGUUUAGAUUAGCCUCUUAAGCCAGAUCCUAAACAAUAAAUUCAUCUUUAUCGAUAGAUUGAUAUAUCAUAUGAUGAUGAAUUUAUUUUAAAGAGAGAUUAAAAAAUUAUGUCUAAGAAUUAAGAAUCUCCAAAUUUAACUCCAAAAUUUAAACAAAAUCUUCAUUUUGGAAUCGAAAGUCGAUCAAAUAAGAUUAUCAUAUGA